GUCGAACACUAGCCAAGCAGCAUGGAGACCAUGACUCUGUGCACCAUUAUUGCCUCUCUGAGAAUCUUUCCCAGCAGAUGUCAGUUCUUCAUGUAUGAGUCUGUUGCACUGAGCUGUGGACAUCAUAAAAGCUCUUCUGACUGGACAAUAAGGAGAAACACAUUCACAAACACAAAUGAAGAGUGUUUUAAAGUCUGGGGGAAACGGAAUGAAUCACACUGCUACAUUCAGGAUGUUUACCUGUCAGACAGUGGGGUGUACUGGUGUGAAUCUGGAGUUGGAACUGCAGCUGGAGCUUGCAGUGAAGCUGUCAACAUCACAGUGACUGGUGGCCUUGUGAUUCUGGAGAGUCCGGUCCAUCCUGUGCAGGAGGGCGAUGCUGUGACUCUGCGCUGCACUAAUAAGAGCAUUUCUUUUUCCAGCCAUGCUAACUUUUAUAAAGACGGCCUCUUCAUUGGGAACAGCUCUACAGGAAUCGUGACUAUCCACAAAGUUUCAAAGUCUGAUGAAGGUUUCUACAAGUGUAACAUCUACGGUGCUGGAAGCUCACCAGCCAGCUGGUUGGCUGUCAGAGGCCAGAUGAUCUUCAGACUUUUUAACAAAUAUUUCACACGUUGUGCUCUCUGUACAGAGUUGCUGUUGUGCUUGCAUCAAGGCCAAAUUGUGUUUGUCUGUAUUUCCUGUGUUGAAGGUGGGCGACCUGAAUCUUUUGAAACCCCUCUGACACACGACUUACUUCCUGUUUUGGGGGUUUCCCUCUCACUGGCCUUGGUGGUGCUACUGCUGGUGCUGCUGCUGUGACUCGAGCAGCAACAAAGGCGCCAACACAGGAUGGACAUACUCAGAGUUGGUUGAACCAGCUCUGGUCAGCUGUUCUGGAACAGAAUACUCAGAGUUACCGAUCUCAGAGUUGAUCAACAAGUCUGUUGAACCUGCUUUCUGGAAUAGGCCUGAUAUAAACGAAUGUUAGCAGUAAACUGAUCUUCCCCGAGUUGAGCUGCAACUGACUCUUAAAACAAUGUUAUGCCAUUGCCAGCUAUAACCUUAGAUUUGGCUUUAAAUUUAAAAAAAAACUUAAAUUCAAAAAGAAGAAAAAACACAAAAUGAGAAAAAUAAAAAUACUGGAGAAAAAUGCAUUUAUUUAUUUUUUCAUUUUACAUUUUUUUUUUUCCAUUAUUUAUUGCGAUGUAACACUAUAAUUUUCCUAAACUGUAGGUCCCGUGGGUCUAGAGGACAUAGGAGUUACAUAUGACUGAGCAAGGAAUGAACUAAAAAAAUACAUCAGACAAGCAGGCUUGAAAGGAAGAAACAAAAGUUAAAGUUAAUGCAAAUAAUUAAUGCCAUUAAUUGCAACAAUGUUUCCCAAAUACUAACUAGAACCUAAAACGAUCUCCAACCUGAAGAUACAGCCCAGCCUGUGAAGACCCCCCCAUCUGUUGCUAAACAGCAGACACACAAAGUUCACCCUCUCCAGCAGCAGUAACACGAUGUCGUGGGCUUCACUCUCACACAUCCACACACAGCGCAACACAUUUCUUCAAUCAGCCCAACCAGCCCAUCCACCCAUCUUCCUCUCCUCUUUAUACAGGGUGUCCUUGAUUGGGAAUGGGAACACCUGUUGUUGGAGAAAGGAUGAAAGCUCCUGCAGGGGGAGGAGAGAGAGAACAGAACACGGAUACGCACACGCAGCGCAACAGCUGUCACUGAAAUAUACAGAAACGCUGCUUGAAGCUGAGCAUUGCGGUCCCAGUUUAUGGUCUGAGACUGACAUCCUGACAUUCUGAUGGAUGUGUUUGUAUUCCACUCUUUAUUGCAUGUACAUUUGUAUACUUAUUUUUUGUAUUUUACUGUUCAUUUGUGUGUCAAUAGUCUGUGUAAGCACUGCUGAUUUUUAAUUUGAAUGGUCAUAUUUUCCUGGUUGAAUAAUGUUAAAAUAUUUAUGGGAAGAAUUUUGUGUAAUUUUGACCACUGUUAAAAAAAUUUUUUCAAAAAGG